AUUGUCAUUGUAACUUGCACUGCGCCUUUAAAUAAUCCGAAUCUAGUGGGAUUGACUGUGAUCUGUGUAGGAAACCAUGGCAAACCCAAAACGUCAACAUACAAAACAUACACCUGUCAUAGGUGAAUACAGAUUUACUAUAAGAGCGAAUAACACUGCAGAGCAGAGUUGUGUCUAAAUAAAUGUUCAUCGUGUUUCGUUUUUGACUUCCGGUGCAUUUGGGAGCUCACAAACAGAACUAAAGCAACAUAUUGGGAUUAUAAGAAGAUAUCAAGGUGUUUAUCAUGAUUAGAAGAGUUGCUAAGGUCGUUUUGAGUGUGGAACAGUCUGAAGGCGUCGGGGCUCGAGUUCGCCGGAGUAUUGGACGGAAAGAAAUGAAGAAUCUCGACCCUUUCUUGAUGCUGGAUGAAUUCUGUAUCGCCAAACCAGCGGGUUUUCCUGAUCAUCCUCACCGUGGAUUUGAGACGGUAACAUACUUGUUGAGUGGAGUAACAGCCCAUGAAGACUCCUGUGGUCACAGUGGGAGGUUAGAACCUGGGGAUCUUCAGUGGAUGACGGCAGGUCGUGGGGUAAUUCAUGCUGAGAUGCCUGUGUCGGACGGACGCAUUCAUGGCCUUCAGCUUUGGGUGAACUUGAAAAGUGCAGAUAAGAUGGUGGAGCCUCAGUACCAGGAGCUGAAGAGCAAAGAGAUUCCCAAACCCAGCAAAGAUGGAGUCACUGUGAACGUAAUCUCAGGGGAAGCUCUUGGACUAAAGUCAAAGGUUUACACGAGAACUCCAACCAUGUACCUCGACUUUGUGCUGAAGGAAGGUGCAAAGCAUUUGCAGCCUAUUCCUAAAGAGGAAAGCUCAUUUGGCUCCGGAAAGCUCGUUGUGACAGGUCUCUGUUGGUGCGCCUGUGUGGUCCAGUGUGAGAAACCUGCUUCGUGA